GCACGUUCGAAUCUGACUUUCCUUUCAGGUUGAAAACAUUUGGGAGAAAGUCGAUCAGAGAAGGCUGCGUGUUAAUUUAGACUAAAACAACCUCACAAUUCAAGAUGUCUGAAGAUCAAAAUGUUAUCAAGCUGAGGAACGCCUGCUUGAAACGUGGUGCCACGGGCAUUAAAGGAAUAAGGAGACAGUUCAAGAUUAUGGAUGACGAUAGAAGCAAGUCUCUAUCAUUUGAAGAAUUCAGAAAGGGUAUUCAUGAUUUUGGUCUUGUGGUUGCUGAUGAUGAGUGUAGGCAAAUGUUUGCAGCCUUUGACACAGAUGGAACUGGAUCAAUUGGGUUUGAAGAAUUCUUGGCUAGGCUAAGGCCUCCUAUGUCAGACAGCAGAAUAAACAUGAUUAACAAAGCAUUCAAAAAGGCUGAUGCAACUGGUGAUGGUGUCAUCAAUGCAAAAGACUUGAAAGGUAUUUACAAUGUGAGACAUCAUCCAAAAUACAUGAAUGGUGAGUGGACUGAAAGACAAUGCUUUGAAGAAUUUCUGAAAAACUUUGAGCCAGAUGAAGCGAAGAGAGAUGGGCAGGUGACAUUGGAUGAAUUUAUUGAUUAUUAUUCUGGUGUGAGCAAUUCAAUUGAUGAUGAUGCAUAUUUUGAUCUAAUGAUGAGAAAUGCAUGGAAAAUCUAAGUGACUGUCACUCACAGACUGACGAUCAGUAUUAAUUUCAGUAUAUGUUUUUUUCACCAGUUUCAGACACAUUUUCAUAAACAUUUUUGAUGAUUUUAUUCUACAAUUAUGUUUUGUGGCAUUUCAAACCUUUGUUUUUAAGACAGUAUUGCUACUCAUUCUGAGGGAUAGAUAUUUUGCUUUUCACAAUUAACUAAUUAAAUAGUGUACUUAUGUUUGUUUGUCAAUAAUCUUACAUACAUUUACACAAUGUACGUUUCCAAUACCAGAAUUCAUUGAGAAUUUUUAAGUUCACUGAGGGUGUGGUGCCAGUGCUGAUGAGAACAUUGACAAAUCAACAAUUUUUGGGAUUGUUCGAAUUUCUCUAAAUAAAUUGCAGUGCAUUAAACUAUUUAUUUGUGAAGAGCAUCCAGCUAUAUUUAAUGUUUCACUGGUUUAAUUUCUUACUUGUAAUUUAAAUACAUUUUCAUUUUUAAAUGAUUUUCAGUUUUGCUUGAUAAA